AUGAUUUUCAAGGUGUUUAAUGGCGUAGGUGAAGCGGGAAAUAUAGGUAUUGCAUUGCUGGUUGGUUUCAUAUUACUUGUUUUAACGCGGGCCCUGUAUCUGGGGGUCUUCCAUCCUCUGGCCAGAUACCCAGGUCCUCUCCUUGCGCGGUUCAGCAAUCUAUAUUCCGCGUAUCAUGCGUGGAAAGGGGACAUUCAUAUUGACAUCUACCGCUGCCACCAGCGAUAUGGGGACCAUGUGCGCUAUGCGCCCAACCGGCUACUAAUCAACACGGCAGGGGCUGUCCAAGAUAUAUACGGUCAUCGCGCGCCCGUCAAGAAAUACGUGAACUACCGGGUGCUCGCGCAACAGGCACCUAAUACCCUCACGAUGCAAGAUAAAAUCCAGCAUAGCCGCCGACGCCGGGUUCUGAGCCAGGGAUUCUCCGCCCGCAGUCUUGAAUCGUGGCAGCCCAGGAUCGUCUCUCAGCUUGAUCGACUAUCCCAGCUAACAGUCGUCAUAGUUGACCGCCUCGCUUUUGAUACGAUGACCUCGGUUUCUUUCGACUCGGACUUCGACACUCUCCGAUCGUCGAAAUAUCGCUAUGUGAUUGAGGCAAUCUCCGCGUCGAACAUUCGACUCAGCGUGCUUCUGCAAGCGCAAGAACUGGCGACAGGUAACCUGGACGGCCGAUUAUUUCCCUCGUCCAUCGCUGGUCGCAGGCAAUUUGUUCGAUUUAUCCGAGAACUCCUGGGGACGCGGCUGCGUGCCCUUGACAAGGGUGGGGACCUGUUUGCCUUCUUACAGCAAUGCAAGGACCCUGCCACAGGCGAGGGUCUGGGCGUGACGGAAUUGAGCACAGAGACUGCCACCUUUAUUAUUGCCGGAUCUGAUACGUCAUCAACCACCAUGGCUGCUGUAUGCCACUACGUGACCGGCUCUUCUGAAUGUCAUCGCCGGGUAACAGACGAGGUACGGUCGGCAUUUGCCUCGCUGACAGAUAUCCGCUUGGGACCAACCUUGAAUUUGUGUGUGUUUCUGCGGGCCUGCGUUGAUGAAGCCUUACGCCUCUCGCCGCCGGCAGCCAGUGCUCUCUGGCGGGAAGUUGAGGACGGAGGCGCCUCCAUCGAUGGACACUGGCUUCCCCCGGGCUGUGAGGUCGGGGUAGGAAUCUACAGCAUUCACCACCGCAUCACCGAGUGGCCAAAGCCCUUUCAGUUCAAUCCUGACCGGUGGCUGAAGGGAUCGGGGACUCAGGAAGUCGACGGCCGCGCGUACAUGCCCUUCUCGAUUGGGGCCCGGAGCUGUAUCGGUAAACCGUUGGCGCUGGCGCAGGUGAUGCUCACCAUGGCCCGUCUAUUCUGGGAAUUUGACAUGCGGAGGCUGGAUCGAAAUGACAGCGAAGCCAAGGAUAUUGAGUAUGUGGUGGCGGAUCAUGUUACGGCCGGGGGUCAGGGUCCCAUGCUGUCUUUCCGACCGCGGAUUUGA